CAGCAUCUCUCACUGACAUCCAUUCCCAAUAGUAUUUUGUACUGACUAUAGCAGCCUGGCAUUGACCCCGCGAUCCACAAGACAUGUCCUUGUAGCCCAUUCUCGACCUCAUCUCACGACAUGCCCGACCCACCUCUUUCCCCAACACCCCAACGCUGGCGCUCUUCGCCCGAUUCCCCGCAUCCCGACUUCGCAACUUUACUAUCGACAUUCGAAACGACAUCGACAACUGAUGAUUCCAAGAGCUCAGGGUCGGCUUGGGCCACUCCCAGGACCGCAGACUCGAAACGAUCAUUUAACAACGGACAAGAGGAGAAAACAGCAGAGAUUGAGUACAAGACCGCCUCCGAACAUACAGAAGCAGAAGCAGAUAUGCCAGAUAUAAGGACAUCUUCGCCUUCUCCGCAAAGGCCUAUCGAUUCGAAGUGUUCUGAGGGACCUCUUAGUCCUUUGCUUCCGCCUAGUCAGACUCAGGUUUCUGGUGAAAGCGCGUCUGCCGCAGUGGGUAAAGCAGCGGUGGCCCAAGCGCAUGGAUCCAACUCUCUACGGUCGGGACUCCGUGAAGCACCAUAUAGCUCUUCGACUUUCAGCAGUUCUGUCACCCCUACCGACCUUAUCCACCCCGAGCACACCGGCCAGUCAAUUGCGACGAUAGACGCCGCUUAUGAUGGUGUUCUCUCCGAGCUCGACGCUCUGGCCAAUGCCAGUGCAUCUUCUGCUUCCCAGUCCGCCAUCUCUUCCUCUCAGACAAAAGGUAUCUCUGACCCUGGUGCGACCACUAAUCUUUAUCAUCCUGUCCCUUUCCGUCAACCGAUGCUUGGUCUGAACUCAACCCUCCCAGAGACAGGACUGUUUACUGGAGAACUUUCUCGUUUGUCCACCGUCAGUGAGAGGACAGAGCGAAGUUCAAACUCAUCAGCUAGUCAGCUCAGCCCCGUGGUCCCUGGAGAAUAUCGCAGCCAUACGCACCCCCAAUCUGCAUCUGCAAUUGCAAACAGGUAUCCUCUUAUGUCAAGUCCAACCAAGGGAGUGACAAACUCUGAAACGCUGCAAGCGACACCGAAGAAAGCCAGCGAUCUUAUCAGGAUGUUCGAGUCCAAAUCCACACCAACAAAGGGUGAACUGCCACCGGUACCUCAACAGUUCGCCAUCUCUCCUUCGCGCAUUUUUCCCGACAGAACUGGCCCAGCUCCGCCUAUACCUCCCAAGCCUGACACAACGUCCGUUUCUCUUCGGGCUGAACUACCAGUUGGGGCCAACCUCCAAGCAUAUUCACCUGCGCCAACUCCACCACCCAAGAUUUCAUCGCCACUUUCCCAAGUGCGGACUAUGAUUGCCUCUUGGCGCACUCGCUCGGGCUCACCAUCUCCAAAAUCUGGAAUUACCCAAGAAGGGAAUCUCCCCCUUCUAAGGAGCGGUGACAACGGCUGGAAUGUCAGUAUUAGGAGAAGGAAAAGGCAUCAACAACAGCAGCAGCUUCGUGGGCAGCAAAUGCAAGAAGGUCUUGCUCAUAUAAUGAUGGACGAGCAAUUGACUGGUCCACAUGAUAAGGUGCAGCCUCGGAUCGAUAUCUACGGGAUCAAUAAAGACCAUGAUCAAUCACCCACCAGAUCAAGCUCUCUGAGAUCCGACUGUAAAGCGCCUUCGGAACUCAAACAAUUUGCAGGAGAGCCUAUUCGGGCAGGGACUUUGUAUUAUCUUAAUGUUCACGACGAAGACAUGAGACCUGAUUAUGAAUGGGUCAAAGCUGACGGCCGCUUAUAUAGCGAAGGGCUAGAGUUGACUUGGAUCGGUCCAAAGGGAAGGGCGACCGUCACACUGGACCUGGAGUUUUGCGAUGGUAAGGUAUCCUAUCCCCUGCAUGAAAAUGCUCAUAGACCUACAGAGGUGGCUUCUACCUAUAGCCCCAACAAUCCCAAGGCUGGGGAAGACAUCGGUGCUCUGGCAGCUAAAAGGCAAGGUGCGCUAGCCGACAGCCUUUAUCCAUUCAAACUUGUCUACGACGACGGUGUUGAAAGGCUGGCUUGCGACACAGCCCGAGACCGGGUACGCUGGGUAAAUGCCAUUUGGACUGUUCUUGAACACACUCGAACGCCCAUCGCCAACCGGUCCAUGUCACUUAGGGCUAAUCGCUCUUCAUCUGAUCAUGGCAGUGAUGCCGAUGGAUCCGCCUCUACCCAUUUUAGCGCAGAGAAUUAUCGGCCUCAUCCUUCUCCCCGUGGAAGCGUUAAUCCUCCGCUGUAUACCACCGAUGACGCCGUCAUCGAGACCUCUGGAGGUCUUCAUGCCCCUAUCGUACAAAGAGGUAGCCGGAAGCUGGCCGCUCAAGGAUUGGAAAGAGUGAGAAGUCUGAGGAGAGUUGCUAGUGAGGCAGACCUCAAAGACUGCGCCAAUGACUUACCCUUCUCGGCUGAACGCUUGCCCGCUACUAUGACCGAUCUUAGUGAGAUACCUCUAUCGACACGCAGUGUCCUACCACCUACUUCUCAGGAUUUUAUCUUUGCGCGUGACAUCAAACCACCCUUGAACGGAUAUGAAGGUGAAGCCAAGUCAACCUACCAGACCCCCAAGGAGGCCAACUCGACAGCGUCACCCGCUACUGGCUUCCAUUCUCGUAAUACUGUGUCAACGUAUCGGGCUGCUCCACCCUCGGAAUUUGACCAUACGGCUCAACAGUCGCCUUCUACGUUCGGUAGCCUUGCGUAUCCUUUGGAAUUUGGAUUCGCAAGCCAAAAGAUUCAUAAACCCGGUGCCAGUAUAGAGAAAAUACUUUCACCAUCUGGAUCGAGUCAUAAUGCAAAGCCGGAAACGUACACCCCCACAUUUCAAAAUACGAACAAACCCUUUGGUAACUCCCAUUCUGAGCAGACUGCUGUCGGUCUUUCGACUCCUAUGCGUACUGUUGAACCGUACAGCCCUGUCGGCGACAAGUACCCUUUUGAAUCCUCUCCAUUGCCUAGUAUCCCUCAAUUAGCUGUGACCGGUGCGUCGCCUAAUGAGAGGACAGCUUGGACUGUCCAGCCGCCUCAAACUACAGUUGAAUAUAUUCAUGAUCAUGGCGUGGGUUCUGUGGCGACAACACAGCCAUACAGGGAUGCCGUGGGGAGUCUAAGUCAUGAAGGCAUUGGCGACUCACCGCACAUUGUGCCUAUCGACAAACGAUCCUCAUCAUCUUCGAUGCAGACACCCAGAAUUAAUCCCGUCCAUUCUACUUCUAGAAGCUCAAAGUCCACCGACUCAUCUUAUCAAACAGCACCGCCCACGUUGCCGUCUCGAAAUUCUCAGUAUCUAACGGCCUUGGCCGGCUCGGUGAGCUCUAAUUCUGCUAGAGAAGACGUGGCAAGUGCUCCGAUCAGCCCUCAGAGAUAUCAACUUCAUGAUGCGCCUGUCCCAACGUUUCAAGGGAUGUACCCCAGGGGUUCUGAUAAUGUUUCUCAAGGACACAAUCAAAACUCAGGCAUUGGACUGCAAACUCCCCCUUUACCUCUUGAAUCAUCAUCUGCAUACGGCAGCACAGACCCCAGCGAUCGACAUUCUAGUUACUUGUCUCGCCCACCUACUAAUGACUACAUUACUGCCGCGAGCAAAGCCCAUUCCAUACCGUCAGCUGUAACCGCGUUACGCUCCCCUUCACGCACCCCUCGGUCAUCGGAAUGGGCCAGUGCAUCCCCUUACCCAAUUUCUCACGAAUCUCUCUCUGAAAAUGCAUUAUCACACGACACAGAUCGUCUUAGUUCACGUCGGGGAUCGCGUGCAUGGACGCAAAUAAGCCAUCCUGAUUCAGAUGACGAUAUGCUUGCCGAUCUGGAGAGGCGUUCAUCCACAGAUAGCUCAGUCUCGAGACCAAAAAUGGAAGGUUAUUAUUUGACCACCGCUCCUAUGCCAUCAAAGACCGAAUGGGCUGUCAACACUCAUGGCGACAGUAAGACUUCAUCGGAGAAAACGCCCUAUGCUACCGCGAUGGAACAUACAUCCUAUGACAGCGCAUGGGAGAGUGUUUACGCCUCUGCCCCUUCACGACAAGGGCAAAGCACCUACAUGGCCACUGCAGUUGGAGCCACUUCAUAUCAUACGGGUGCCAGCCCCUAUAGUGCUUCAAGUCAUACACUCUCUGCGAAACUUGCGGCCCCAAUGUCUGCAAUAACGUCUGCCAAACCUAUUAGUAUCUCAACAGCGUCUACCAUACCCUCUGAAAGAAUUCCAGCGCCUACUGUACCGCAAGGGUCUCCUCCAUCUCCAUCUAUUCCUCCGUCAGAUCCGACUUCAUCAUCAUGGAGCUCCACAGAGAGCUCCACAGAGUCAAUUACUACAGUCAAGGCUAUUCAGAGCACGGACGUAAAUAGACUUUUGAAUUUCUUACAGGGACAAGAGCAGGCUAAGCAAGGGCAGACGACAAGGAUUGGGAACCAGCUGGACAGGAUUGAGCGAAAAGUCUAUCAAAUUGCCGAAAAUCAGUCGGCUCUGGCUGCACGUGACUCUCCUCCACCCCUUCCUUCAAAGGACAGCGACGACGACAGUACACCCCCCUCUUCCCCCACCUUUUCCUCUUCCUCCUCUUCCUCUACGGAAACGGCGCGUCCUGUUACUCCUCCCCCUCUCAUCAUCCCAGAAGUGAUCAAUCAACAAUUUGACGAUUUGCGAAAUCUACUGGGGACUCUUAUCGGAAGACAGGAGGAUCUCCUUGGUCGUCAAGAUAUGAUGGCACGAGAGCUUGAAAGAAAAAGAAGCUUUGAUGUCCAGCUACCUGAUCGCGGGACUGGUCUGGCUCGUUUAGAAGAUCUACUCAAACGGGUGCUUAAUCGCGUGGGUGAUAGUGAUCCCGCCAAUGAAUACAGGCCAACUUUUGAGGAGAAAAAAGACUAUCUGGCUAGUCACUUUGCAACUCCUACGACAGAAGGCACGGUCGAAGGUUCCAUGUACGGUGGUGGAGGAAGUGUGUAUUCUAGUGAGUUCGAUGGUCCAGGUCGACGUGCGCCGGCGAAUAGUAUGAGCUCCAGGUACGAACGCAGUCAUCUGGGACCUCUGAGCAAUGUACCUGAAUCACUCAUUGAGGGUGAGAUUCCUUCUCCGGAGUUUGACGAUGAUUUUGCGCUCUCUGGUCUUCCACCUGAUACGCCCCCUCAAGAGUUUAUCCCUCGCCAGCCUCAAGGACGGCCUAAAUUCUCCAACACAGCUUUACGUCAACACCAUCAGAUAUCCACAUCUACUCAGCCUGGCCCCCAACCUGCUCCUCAGCAUUCUACGGCCCAGGAAUACCGUGAGCCAGAGUACAAUGAAGAAGGAUAUGAGCCUGCGGCAGAACAAGCCGUCACUGAAUACGAGCCGUCGGUCCAGUCAGAUCCGGAACUUAUGCCUCAUCCUGCCAAAGAAACAACCGCACAACAAUCGCCUGAUCAGCCUCCUGUUCCUUUCCGUACCGAAGAGAACUAUCAAGAUGACUACGAACCUUAUCAAGGUGAAACAUACGCUCGCGGUCCAGCACGUCAGGCCCCUCCCCCUCAACAGCUCAAUCUUCCCACUCCAGUCAAUUCUCCCCGUAAUAUGCCACCGUAUCAUGCCCAGCCCGGUCCUUCUAUGCGCCCACCAUUUCCUCCUGGUUUCGGUAUGCCACCUCCAGGACCUGGUAUGGUCGAUAUGCCAAGGCCAUCACUUCCAAGGAUUGCUGGCGUUCGCGAUCCCAUUUCUACCACUUAUUUCCGUCGCGGCUUUCCUCCUGGUCCCAUGAACCCCAUGGGCAUGUUCCCUGGGCCAAUGGGCAUUCCUGGCCCUGGUAUGGGUCCUUUUAUGCCUGGUCUUCGUCCGGGUUUGCCUGGUUACGGUGGUCCUAUUGGUCCUAAUGUCAACCCUUCUCUUCGUCGUCCUGGAUUUUUCCCCCCUGGUGUCACUAGUACCACUGGUGAUUAUGGUUUACCUGCUGCUGCUCACUACAGAAAUGGAAAUGUACCUGGGGGAGGCCCCAUGGGUCCUCCUCCUCCUAUCAAUUAUGGUAACACAACUACCGCGGAUACUGGUCUUGGUAAUACCACGACGGAGUCAACCGUCACUACGCCAUCUGCUCUUACGGAAGAGAUUGUUACUCCGGCUGCCUCGCUGACUCACAUCUCGGAGCCUGUCCACGUUUCUGUCACCGCGUCCCAACCAACACCUUCACAUAAUGCUUCCUUACAAAAUCCGCCGAUCGUGGCUAAUUCAAUGCCAUCAACUCUCUACGCGAUGGGUGCUGAACCAGAUGAUGAGUUAAUGCGAGUUUUGGACAACGCACAAACGAUUGCAGUUGCGCAAGGUGAUCAGCAAAAUGAAAUGUCAAGGUAUCUUCAUGGUAUGAGCGACCAGAUUGCCGACGGAACCCUCGCGACCCAGAACCGACUGGCAGAUAUCCUUGAUGAUAUCGCGGUUCUGCGUGAACAGAUUAAGCCUAAGCAUGUACACGCCCAUGUUCUUCCUGAUGGUACAGUAAUGCUCGAUAAUGGCGAUAUCAUAGAUGGCAUCCGCGGCGUUCCGGCUCCUACUCCACCCGGUUUACCGCCACCUCCGCCCCCUCCACCUUCGGCUACUCAUGUAGAAGGCAGGAUAUUGUCUGAUGGUACAGUUAUGGUUGGUGGAAAGGUUGUCGACGGCAUCAAAGGUGCUCCAUCGGCUCCCACUCCAACUACACCUGCUGCCGCCCUGGAAGAGGACAUUGCCAAAGAGGAGGUUGUCAACAUGGAGCAGGAUAGAAGAUUAGCGGAGCUACAGGAAAAAGUUGAGGAAUUAAUGGCACGUACUGCACCGAAAGAGACUGUGAUCUACGAGGAAGAAGAAAUUCUCUCAAUCAAGGCUGACACGAGUUCUCCCCCGGCCAAUCUAUCAUCUAUGGAAACUCCUGCGCACAGCAUCGUGCCUACUCCUUUGGUUACCCCUGUUGUUAAUCAAACUUACAACCCUACUGUUAAUGGCUCCCACGAGAGAACUGUAAUACGAGAACGUGAAAUCGUUCGCGAGGGUCCAGCUGGCAGACAAAAAGAAGUCAUAUUCGAGGAAGGAAGCCGAGACUCUGGUGGAGUGCCUGCUGGAACAAUCGCCGGAAGUAUUAACAAUGCUGUGGCUGCAGAUACUGCUGCGGAUUCUGCUCCACGUGUGACUAUAGCGGCGACUACGGCAGAUGGUAGUGUGAUUGCUUCUAUGCCUACCGGAGCGGCCAUCAGUUCUGUACCUUUCGGAUCGCACAUUGGUCCAACUCAACUUUCCACAUUAGCACAGGGCAGUCUAGGGGGGACAGCACCGAUUCUUCCCGCAAGAAUGCCGGAUCCUCCAUAUGCCGACUCUCAUAUUCAUACACGAAUCAACCCCAGGACAGGCAAACCUUUGACCAUACCACAUGCCCUUUCUGCACAAUCCAUGUCCCCAAUCCAGACUGAGCAUGAUUUUGGGGAUCAGCCUUCACAUCUCGUUCGAGAAGAACAUGAAGAAAUUAUUUCACGUCCGACCGUUAAUGGGCCUCCUAUCGUCACUCAUAAUACCUCCCGGUCCUAUACUCAGCGUCCCGCAGGUCCCAUGCUUUCCGGCGAUGGCUUUGUUGGUGAACCAAAAAGUGUAGCAGGCAGUGUAGCGUAUUCCUCUGGACAUGGUCACUUGCCUGCUGGCGCGCCCUCGGCUGUCUUUGCCGAUCCAGCACGUCCAGUAACUGGGAUAAACACUCUUCCUGCAUUUUCCGAGGACCGCCUGUCCACGGCCGCCCAUAUAGAGGACCAUUAUUCUAAUCACGAAAACAUCAUGGCACAACCUCAACCAGCAAUUCCUCAUCAAAGUGCUAUGCAUGAGACUCGUACUGUCACUCCACGCCCGACUCCUGCCGAUGUUAGGGGCACGUCACUCCAACAUACUUCACAACCCUUGGCCCCUAUUGGCAACUCAGCUCCUUCUGAUGGAGCCCCAUCUCACGUCUCUGGGGGGUUCCCUGCGAAUUCUGCUGCCGGCCACGUUCCUUCUCAGGUCGGUAUGCGUCCGACUCCAUCGUCUGCGGCCGAUAGCCCUCAUGUAGCCCAUACCGUAAACAAUGCCCCAAACGAAAAGAAACCUGCUGAUGCUUGGGAUACCAAUCACCCUAGACCUGGGAACCCUACAGAAUUGUCGAAUUUGCCCAUUACUGAUACCGUUGCGAAGGAUCAUUCAACGUCGAAUGGCGCACAUGACUCCCACAUCGACCCGGAAGGGGCACGUCUAACGGAAUUAGAUCCUCCCGUUCCUACGGCUGCUACCGACGGCUCUAAGAAGAGUGGUGUCCAUUGGGACCCGAGGAUACCCACAAAAGAAGUGCCGCUACAUCAAGAUCGAAGUCUCGAACUGUCUUCAGAUAAUCCUCCACGUGCAACAGAUUUUGCGAAUGUUCCUUCAGGAUCUAACGCAAGCCCUUCGGGUGGGGCUGCUGAUAAGGCUCCUGCCUUCCUUGGUGAUGCAGGCGCUUCAAGCGCACAUGCUGCCCAACCGGGCCCAGAUCAGACACCGGGGCUACAUAGGGCACAUCCGUCUGGUAUCCUUCGCAGACACAAAUCGAAGGAAAGCGUCAGACCUUCGCGUGACCCUAAAUCCGUCGAUCAUCCCCCGACUAUGGCAGAACUGGCAGAAGAGGGCAGAGAUCUUACGGCGCAGCCCGGAGGUCAGACAAUUCAUGUACCCACUCAUCCCACUUCUGCUUCACCCAACAAGCUUAAAAAAACCAUAUCGUCUUUCACGGAAGGUAACAUGGCAGACCCUCAAAUUGUUGCCAACAAUGUUCCAAGCGAAAGCGCCUUAACAUCUCAAGCAGCAUCUCGGGCUCCUUCUGUACAUUCUGCAAUGCCUCCACAUGAAUCUUUACAGGCUUCCACUCAUCAACCCGCGGUUCUUGAAGAGGUAUUACUUCCCGAUGGAAGGACCGCUUACAUCGAGAGGAAUACCCCUUCUACGGCCGGCGCCUCUGCUGCACCCCUGCCUUUUGGAGCCCUAUCCGUGAGGAGCCUUGCCCCGGCUUCCGACCAUCCAGAUUCUCCAAGCUUGUCGCCUCCGCCACCUGGUGCUCGCCCUCCUAGUACCCUCAAAAAGAUUUCUUCUCCUAGCACAAGUGAUGAGACUGAACAUACAAACGUUUCAGUCGCUCCCAAGCCGCUUACUGAUGGAGCUACAAGCCGUGCCCCAACUGAGUCUGAACUAGGCAAGGGUCAUUGCAGCGUCUGCUGUCCACAUGGGGCCCGUUUGCCUACAGGUAUUCCUAUAGAAGCUUGUGCUCAUCAGAAUGGUGCUUUGGGCGAAGCCGUUCCUGGCACAUCUAAUAAACCUGCAGCGCCCUCUGGACCUCGCUCUCAAAAGUCUAUCGAUAGAUUUAAUAGGUCCCCAUCUAUUCAUGGGAUUCCGACACCGGAAGGCUCUAUUAUUGGGGAGGAAGAAUUACCUUUGGAGGAAGGGGCGAUCCCGGCCGAAGGCUCUACACGAUCUGGUCCUAUGGUGCCCUCUAAUAAAUUGACAAAAGGACGAAAACCGCCCAGUUUGACGCCAGAGGAAGCCAUGGAAGACGCGAGGAAACUUGCAGUGAAACAAAAGGCUGCCGCUGAACAAGCCGUCUCCGAGAAGGCUGAACGGGAGGCGAAAGCUGCUGAAAAAGAGGCCAAAAGGCGGCUGGCAGACGAAAGACAUCGUCAGAAUAUGGAGGCUUUGGCCAACUUGCAAAAAAUUCUGGACGCCCUCGCAGAGGAACAUCAAGCGGAGAAGGCAACGGAAGGAGAGAAGUCUAAGGAACAGGAGGAACGAAGAGGGGACAAAGCAGCGAGAGACAAGAAGAUAACCGAAGCUCUGGAUAAGCUAGUUGCCGAGAGGGACGAAGCCAAGAAGAAGGCAGCAGCGGAUGAUAAGAAGCCCGGGACCCAAGCUAUUCUGGAUGCUCUCAAGACCGCUGGGGACGGGCAAGCAGCUUUCCUGAAGAAGCUUGCGGCCGAUAUCAUGGAGCAGAACUCCAAUCAACAUCAGCUCACUCAGCAAGCUGCUCAGGCAUCUGCUCGAGAACAGGUCGGCUUCAACUUAGCCGGAUACCUUGACGACUUCUCCAAGGCUCUUUCUGGCGAGGUCCGUGUCUUGCUUAAAGAAGUAGGAGAUCUGCGAGAAUCUAGGCGAGCAUUGUACAUGGAGCUUGCCGAACUUCUUCUUAUGAAAGGACGUCAAUCUGCAGGGGACCUGAUGGCCAUCUUGCCCUACCCUGUGAAUCCGCCUAAAAACCCAGUAGCUGAAAAGAAGGAGGAAAAGAAGCCCCCUGCGCAACCUAAACCUCCCGCUGGAGUUCCCGCUUGGGCUGGUUGGGCCCCUCCCUUGCCCCCUAUGGUCGGUACCCGGCCUCUUCCUCAACCUGGAGCCAUUAACAUGGGUGGUGGUGCUGUCCCAGCACCGCCUCCCCCGACUGGAGGCCGACCGCUACCCCAAGUGUAAAUAAAGAUUUCGCAGCUGAUUUCUGUAUAAUAGAAUUGUGAAUCUUAUUAUCAUCUCUUUUUGCAUGUGCUUUUGCCGCGCACUCUUUUAUCAUAUAAAAAUAUAUUUUUAGCGUGUUUAGAUUUGUUUGGAUUAUAUUCUUUUCACGAAUUACGAAAUGCAUAAAAUAAUAUAGUC